CAUCACCACCCUUCCGUGUUCUCCAUCGCGUUCCACGCUCUGCAUACCCAUCGAUCUCAUUGUACACUCACACAAUUGCAUUUGACACGAAAUGGACCAGCUUACGACCUCACUUGCGCCCGCUCGCGCCUCUCCCUCAGCAAAGAACGCCGCAUCCGGACCUGGAAAGGAGGGUGCUGGAAGCGUCACGAAGCGACUCAGUAAUGAGCUGAUGACUCUUAUGAUGUCCGCCUCUCCUGGCAUCUCUGCGUUCCCCAAAUCAGACUCGAACCUCUACGAAUGGGUCGGGACCCUCGAAGGCGCUCCAGCCACAAUCUACGCCGACCUUGUCUUCCGCAUCUCCAUCAACUUCCCGCCGAAUUACCCCUACGUGCCACCCCAGAUCAAGUUCGACACUCCCUGUUUCCACCCGAAUGUCGAUCUCAACUCUGGCGCCAUAUGUCUCGAUAUUCUCCAGGACAAGUGGUCUGCGAUCUACAGUGUGCAGACUAUUUUGAUUUCUUUGCAGUCGUUGCUUGGAGAGCCGAACAACGCCUCGCCACUGAACCCCGAUGCCUCUCAGCUGUGGGCCAACCCAACAGCCUUCAAACAGCAGCUGAUGAAGAACUACCGGCCAUUGUCUGACGACCCCUCCGCGUAGAUGUGAUUAGCCCAGUCACGCAUCCCAUUUCUAUGCUCCUCCGCAUCUUCCUCAUUAAAGUCUGAAUUGCAUCGCUAGUUACACGACACUCUGCAGCCUUGCUACUGAUUCCUCUCAAGCAUACAUGUAGUCCUAUGCGCGUGCCCAUACAUCUCUGCCAGCACAGCACGCACUCAUGAUCAUGAUCCCCGCCGACCGUCCAUCCACCGCCUUAUCGCAUGUACAUAUGUCUCUUAUGUUUUUUCUCUUUUCCGUUCAUAUCCGUUUUACCUCGUUUCAUCUUUUUCUUUUGUUCUUCUCCGUAGCAAUUACAUAAAUCAGUACUGUUCCGGCUAUCCUUACUCGGCGUGACUGUGUAUAAGUACAGUACAGUACGGUAUUGCGGAUGUUUCUUCCUUUCUCUGAUUCAGAUUCAACUUUGAUGGAGCGUGGUUACGUGGUUUGGCAUUUUAUAUAUGUAUGGAAUGGAUUCUCUCUGA